AUGGUUUCAACAGUCCUGGAUGAUCAGUAUCUGCUGAGCAGAGACUAUGUCGAUGUCUCCAGACUCAAUCUGCAGCAUGCACUAUGGACGCAGAUGUUUGGGUUUUUACUACACCCUGAUAUCGACAUAAUCAACAAAGAUCUCAAAAUCGCUGAUAUUGGCACCGGAACGGGCGCAUGGCUCACCGACCUAGCGUCGCAUCUCCCAUCAACAUGCCAAUUAGACGGAUAUGAUCUGGACAUCUCGCAGAGCAGGCGGCUGCAGGUCGGAUAG